AUGUCAGCCCUGCAGACGUUUAUGCUGGUCGUGGAACACGACAAGCCGGCAGCCAGGGAGAUUGCUGAGCGAAUUGCCCAAGAUGUCGAGAGCAAGAAGACAACCCUCAUCGAAAUCGUGCAGUCCCUGGGCGCAUAUAUUAAUGACGAAGAUCCAAUCCUUCGAGGCAAAGCCGUUUCCUACCUAACCGCGGUGAUCAGAGCGCUCCCUCCGAAAUUCCUGUCGAGACAACAGAUUCAGGUUUUGACGACUUUCUUUUGUGAUCGAAUCGAGGAUGGAGGCGCAGUUACCGGAUUGGACACAUUGCAGAAGCUGGAUAGAUUUUCAAAAGAUAUGGCUCAGGAAGUAACGACAGCUCUUUUUGAGAACUUCAACACAUUGCAGUCUCGUUCUCAGUCUCAAAGAUUCCAAGUUUAUCAGUUACUGAAUGAAUUGAUGUUCAAUCACCGAGCUGGUACGUUCUGA